AUUCCGGUGACCAGGAGCCACACCCCCUAAUUAAUGACUCAUUGCGCAUGUGCAAGAAAUAGCCACACCUUGCUUCAAUUAAUAAUACUGCUAAAGCUAGCUAGCUAGCCGUAGCUAGCUAGCUUAGUUGCACUAAAGAAUCAAAGUUACUAGUAUAGUAUAGCUAGCUCUUGGACAUGCUGUUUGUCUGCCACUAAUCUAUACCAGUAAUUCCCAGGCUGAAGACUCAUCAGAGAAGCAGCAUGUCAGUACAAGGAGGGAAAGCUGUUGUAGGAGAUGAGUGCCAGCCCAUCAACUCCUCUCAUCAAAGCAUUGCAGUAACUGCCAUGGAACAAAAGAUGAGAGAGCAAAUUCGUCUGUUGCAGGAGCAUAGAGCUGCUGUAAUGAUGGAGGAAGUGAUCGAUUUGCAGAGGGAGAGAGAUCUUGCUCUGGGGCGGAUAAAAACGCUGAAGAAAAAUAUGGAAGAUCUUACUAUGGAGAAUGCACUGUUAAAGGGGGCUGUUGGAAGGAGUGAUUUAACAGAGAAGCUCAUCUCCCUGGAAAGAAACUGUUUAGAAGAGAGAUUACUCGGUAACGACCUUAGGAAGAAAUUGCAGAUAUCUAAUAAGCAAAAAGAGGAGUUGAUACUCAAAGUACGAAAGCUCGAGAUAGAGUCAGCUGCAACACAGUCUACACUACUAAGUGUAAACAGACAGCGAGAUAGGAGCCAAAGCUUGACAGAUCUGAUCAAUGAAAAUGACGUCAAAGAGAAUAUUGUCACACCAAGAGAGAGCUCAAAUUCAUCACGACGUGAUGUUGUCACCACUGAAACAGUCACGCCAACCGCAAAAUUGCCACCAAGUGGAAAAAAAUGUUCGCCUCCGCUAUUAGUAGUGAGCUCUGACCAAAUAACCCCUGGAGCACGUAGUGGUACCAGUACCCCUCUAUCAUACAGUCCAGCAGUCAUACCUCGAAGGUACAAAUUGGCAGCAGCUACAACGAGAGACUGUAGCACCCAAACAGCCCCUAUGGUUGAUUCAAAAAAGAUAGUGCCCACAGUGACUGUCAACGAUCAAGCAACGGUUCCGUCAGAUUUUAUUACAGCUUUGGAGAACGCAAAGAAUGAUAUCAUUGCACUUCAAGAGGAGAAAGAGCGUAUGGAGAGUGACCUCAAUAGUGUGAGAUCAAAGAGAGCCAAUGAGAGAGCUACUUACAAAAAAGAAUGUGCUUUGCUACACACUGAGUCAACUGUACUCAAAGAAGGUCUGUCUGAAUUUUCCAUAUGGACCCGACAAAAGAUACAAUUGUUCGAAGAGGACAUGGAUAUCUUCAAAGUAGUUUACUCACUUCAUGCAUCACUCUCUCAGGAGAAGGCAAUGUUGAAUGAUUUACGAGAAAAGCUAACAAAGACAGAAUCCAAAAUUACAAGACUAGAAAGUACCAACGAGCAAUUACAGGAAGAAUUGACACACGUUGAAGAAAAGUACAAAAAAUGCAAGAAAGAGAUAAAACGCCUUCACGAGAAACCCUUGUCCACCCCACCUCAAUACUAUUCCCCAUCUUCACAGAGACAAGUUAGAUCCUAUAAGUCUACAGGUUACAUGACUGACUGCCAUCCAUCAUCUCCGUUGCUAAGCAAAACAUCUCCACCAAUGAAGGGCAUGUUCCCAGUGAAAGUCGCUAACAAUCAAGUUUAACGUACAUGUAUAUGUAUAUGUUAUGUACUACAUAACAUAACAUGUACAGAUGCAUGUACUAUUUUUCAUUAUCUAUAGCUUGAGGAUUUCUGAAGUGAUUGUCCACCACUACGUUUUUUCAGCUUAACAGUUUAUUACAUGAAUUUCGCACUUAAAAAAUAAGGUUGUUCACUUGUAAAACAUUUUAUCAAUACGAUUGCAGACUCAAUAUCGUCUA